CGUCAUCAGUGUACAAAAAUGGCAGAGACGGAGAAUGAGGUGGAGGUAUUGGUUCAGAGAGUUGUAAAAGAUAUCAAUAACGCCUUCAAGAGAAACCCCAAUAUUGAUGAGAUAGGUCUGAUCCCGUGUCCAGAGGUCAGGUAUAAUCGCAGCCCCAUCGUGCUGGUAGAGAACAAGUUGGGGGUGGAGAGCUGGUGUGUCAAAUACCUGCUACCCUACGUCCACAACAAACUACUGCUCUACAGGCAGCGCAAACAGUGGCUGGACAGGGAAGCUCUGGUAGACAUCACCUGCACUCUGCUGCUGCUCAACCCAGACUUCACCACUGCUUGGAAUGUCAGGAAGGAACUGCUACAAUGUGGAGCCCUGAGUCCAGAGAGAGACCUGUACCUGGGGAAACUGGCCCUCACCAAGUUCCCCAAGAGCCCCGAGACAUGGAUACACAGGCGCUGGAUACUACAGCAGGUGCUACGGGAGUGCUCUUCCCCCGGGCCGGACAGGAAGGAGCAGGGGGACGGUGAUCGGCGUGACGCAGCAGAGAAGACGCGUCAGAGUGAGCACCUCCACAGGGUUCUACACGAAGAGAUGAAGGUGUGUGCCGACGCCGCCGGCCGUUACCCUAGCAACUACAAUGCCUGGUCGCACCGUGUUUGGGUUCUGCAGAACAUGGCCCCGGGCAACCUCAAGGUCCUCCAUGAUGAGCUCUCCUCUAUGCGUCAGUGGGUCUCCAUGCACGUGUCGGACCACAGUGGCUUCCACUACCGCCAGUUCCUGCUCAAGGCCCUGGUCAGGGAGCUCAGCCAGUCCCUGUCCUCCUCCUCCUCUCCCCAGCACUACCAUCCUCAGCCCAGCUCUAACCCUAGCCACAGCCCCCACAAAGCCAACCCCCACCACCAGGCCAACGGAGAGGCCACAGCAGCAGCCCCCUGCCCCUCUCCCCCCUCCCCAGAGGAUCUGGCCUCGGUGCCGGCAUUGCCCCAGCUCUUCCACCAGGAGGUGGAACUAUGUACUGACCUCAUCAAGUCCUUCCCCGGACACGAGACACUCUGGUGUCACAGGCGACACGUCUUCUACCUCUGGCACCACUGGAGGAGGGACCACAACUACGGCCAGGGCUUUGGCAGCGAGUCUCCCCAACCGAACCACACCGAUGCUGGGCUGAGCAGCCACCCUCACACGGCCUGCCCUGGAGGUGUGGGUCUAGACAGGGUGCAGCGCAGGAAUGGGCAGGCUCAGGAGGGUCAGGAUGCCAUGGAAGUGGACGGGGUUGGGGUCCCGGACCCCCGUGACACCAAGCGCCUGAAGAGGGGUCCCCCUGGCCCCUGCCCCCCUGCUCUGUCCUCAGAGCACAGCUUCGUAGCCAGUGUCCUGGACAGCUGCCGCUCCCCUGAGCAGGGACGCUUCGCCCUCGCAUACAGGAAGUGGCUGGACUCUGUUAUUGGUCAGUGAGAUAUAGACUAACUCUGUCAUUGGUCAGUGAGAGGAUAUACUUCCUGUUCCACCGGAGAUGGGCAGCGGUUAGAAGUUUCCCACCUGCACAGAUCUAGCAUCCUCUCACCCUUACCCAACCCCUAACCUUAACCAUUAGGGCGAGAACUGCUAAAAACUGUCCCUAGAUCAGCGUCUAGUGGCUGGUCAAUUCAUCCUAUUCUACAAUACUCGUGAAGGUGGCUGGGGGUCUCUGAUAGGUCAAGUAAUUUGUGGCCCCUCGCACCCUCCUGAAAAUGCCUGGACUCUGAUUCAUCCGCAGAGCUUUGUCUGGGAAUGGAGGUCUGAGAAGGGCUAUUCUCUGGAAGAGUACAGUCUGUCUCCUUGGCCUGUUUGUCUGUUAGUAGUCUUAGUUCAGGUCUCUCUCAAUGUUAGGGACUAGAACAACCAUUCUGUCAGUCCUUUUAGUUGUUUCACUUAUGAGAUCCAUGUCUCCGUUUCAUUCAUCAUGUCACUGUUUCAUUCCUUUUGUCUCCCACUACCUGUAGAAGAAUAGCCUAUGUGAAGCUGCCAUGGUUAUCCGUUAUCCAUCACUAAUCUUGUUGUUUUCUAGUCCGUUCUGCUGACUACUUUGAGAUGAGGAGUGCAGCAAACAAUGAAUUGUCAACAUACAAAAACAAAGAAGGAGAAACUAGUCAAGCCAUUACUGAUGUGUCGCUACGGACAACCGUACAACUAUAAAACCUUAAGACAGAGCACAACCAUGAACCAACCAAACUCUAAGACCCUAUGAUCUGUGAACCGUACAAGUUAGACAUCUUGGUGUCAUCAUAAUAAACCUUAUGGUGUGCUCUAAAAUAUGGAGUAUGACUAGAUUCUGAAAUACAAUUUUCACAUUAAUUUAUUCAACAUAAACUACCCCUUUUUUUUUGUUUUUGUUUUGUUCAUGUUAAGACGUGUUUGGAACAAUAUACUCUACUAGUACAUCACAUUUCCAGAGUGGGCUCUCUGCUAAUACUGAAGGUAUGAGCUAUGUUAUUAUCACCACCAGCACAUUGAAUGGGAAAUGGAUUCAAAGGGAACGCCCUCUGCUGGUGACUUGCUGAAUGUGCAAUCCUAAAGAAUGGCUGUGAUAGGUCAUGAACCAAUGUCAAUUUCUAUGUAUUAAAUGGGUCAUAUUAUUAAAAGUACCAGAGAUCCAACUCUGGAAAUGUGAUGUUUGAAGAGUAUAGUGUUUGUUUUUAUUGUUGAAAAAUCAAUAAGGGUAGUUGAGAGAUUCAUAUUUUUUAUGUUGAAUAAAUAAAUGUGUAUUUCAGAAUACCCCAUAUUUGAGAGAACACUAAGGACUAUAACGAUACCAAGACGUUGUCUGUAUCGUGUACGGUUCACAGAUCAUAGGUUCUUACAGGAGGCAUGUAUAGGUCUAAAAAGGGCCGUAUUAAAUUAAUUGUCAUCCUGAUUUUCAAAAAAAAAAAAAAAGUUUGUGAUACAAAUGUAAAAAAAGCAUGUUGAUAAACAUCCUUCCUCCCAGUGGAGUUCCUAUGUGAGACCAAUCUGAGAUACCCCAAAAAAACAUGUUCCACUCCUGCUGCUGUGGAAUUGCCCUUAUAGGUUUGAUCUUCACAUCGUUUUGUGUCUCAAAUGGCACCCUAUUCCCUUCUUAGUGCACUACUACCCAUAGGGCUCUGGUUAAAAGUAGUGCACUACUACCCAUAGGGCUCUGGUUAAAAGUAGUGCACUGUAUAGAGAAUAGGGUGUCAUUUGGGAGGCAUACAUUGACUCUCCAGGAGUGGUUGCUGCUUUGUUUCUGUCUGUUCUGUUUCACCCUGUUAGUGGUACUUACUCUUAGUGAUCAAAUCAAACUUUUAUCAGUCACAUGCGCCGAAUACAACAGGUUUAGACCUUACUGUGAAAUGCUUACUUACAAGCCCUUAACCAACAGUGCAGUUCAAGAAAGAGUUAAGAAAAUAUUUACCAAAUAAAUGAAAAUAAUAAAAGUAACACAAUAAAAUAACAAUAACGAGGCUAUAUGCAGGGUACAGAAUCAAUGAUACCUGGGAUUGUAUUCACAAAGUGUUAUAUUGCGUGUCCUUCUAUAGGAUCAGUUUGGCCCUUAGAUCAUAAUGAUUUCUAUUACAUCAGCCCAGCCAGUCAAUCUCCCUUCGAAAAAAGCGUCUAGACAAUAUUUCCCCAUGCUACUAGCUUACCAUUGGUUUGGGUACAGCGGGGUAAUAGCUACGUCUCGCUGUGUGACUAUCUGACUUGUGCAACAUGUUGCAGUUUUCUUUUUUUGUGAUCUCCACCGUGUCACGCAUAUAUGAACGUGACGAGCUUCUCUGAUCCAGGGCAAAUUAAUUUAUCAUGAUCAUUUAAAAUGAAUAUAUCCCAAAGAUAUGCCAAUAGAAACUAAGUUGAAACCAAUGAAAGGGCACAUAGUUUAUCAUUUCAGCUGCUUGAUGUGACGGUUAGCUUUCGUUGGCUAACAAAGGAGAAGUAACGUUAGCCUAGCUAUCUCAUAAGGAGAAGUAACGUUAGCCUAGCUAUCUCAUAAGGAGAAGUAACGUUAGCCUAGCUAUCCCAUAAGAAGUAACGUUAGCCUAGCUAUCCCAUAAGGAGAAGUAACGUUAGCCUAGCGAUCCCAUAAGGAGAAGUAACGUUAGCCUAGCUAUCCCAUAAGGAGAAGUAACAUUAGCCUAGCUAUCCCAUCAGGAGAAGUAACGUUAGCCUAGCUAUCCCAUAAAUAUCUUAUUGACUCGACAAUCAGCUGGUUGUUGCCUAUUUAUAAAAUAUUUAUUAAAUCAUUAUUUAUUGAA